UCUUAAAUGUCCUUAAGCAAACAUCUAUAUAAACUCGUUAAAAAUAUAACCAUUUAAUUAUUACAAACAUUAUUAAAUAACUUCAAACAUUUAAAUUCAAAUAUAAUGCCUAUUGAUCUCUACUAUUCAUAUAUAAGCGCUCCGUCGCGGGCGGUGUUAAUGACGGCCAAACAGUUGGGCAUUGAUGUCAACGUAAUUAACAUUGAUCUAAAACAGGGACAACAAUUUAAACCCGAUUUUAUCAAGUUAAACCCGACCCAUAAGGUGCCGUUCAUAGUGGACGGCGAUCUAGUCCUGUGGGAAAGUCGGGCUAUUAUUCAGUACCUGUGCAACCGAUACGCGCCCGACAGCCACCUCUACCCCCGCGACCCCACAGAGAGGGCAAUAGUGGACCGCUGGCUGUUCACCGAUAUGUCUUACUUUGAGACUAAUAUCAACGCUAAGGCAUCCCAAAUGAUGCAUGGUACAGAUCCUACUGAGCGUGAUGUGGCAAAUUAUAAAAGCACCUUGCAACUGCUCGACACAUUGAUCGGUGACAAUCGGUACGCGGCGGGUGGCCAGCACUUGACCAUAGCUGAUCUGUCCCUAUUAGCGACCACGGUCAUUUUGUCGGUCAACUAUUACCGCGAUUUAGACGAUUACCCGCAUCUGAAGGCCUGGUUUACUCGUCUGAGCAAAGAGUUGCCAUAUUUUGAUGACAUUAAUGACAAAGUGGGUGAGGGGUGGAGAAAGUGGGCGCAAGACAUCGCCGACAAAAAAUAAACACCAU